AUGGUGCUGGCGGCGCUCUUUGUCGCGGUCUGCAUGUUCGUGCUCCAAUCUAGAGAUUCGACUCCCAUGCAGUUCCGCGUGCGCGAGGCGGGGGUGACGCACGUGCUCGUGACGGGCGGCGCGGGCUUCAUCGGCUCACACGCGUCGCUGCACCUCCUCACGUCCGGCCACCGCGUCACCAUUGUCGACAACCUAUCGCGGGGCAACUGGGGCGCGGUGCAGGUGCUGCAGCGCAUAGCGCCGGAGGGGCGGUUGCAGUUCAUCAAUGCGGACCUGGGGGACCCGCGCAAGGUGGAGGCGGUGUUUGCCAGUAACGCCAUCGACGUGGUGAUGCAUUUCGCUGCCGUCGCUUAUGUGGGCGAGAGCAUGCAGGAGCCGCUGAGAUACUACCACAACGUGACGGCCAACACUCUGACGCUGGUGGAGGCGAUGGGGCGGCACGGCGUGACUCAGCUGAUCUACAGCAGCACGUGUGCCACGUAUGGCGAGCCCAAGACCAUGCCCAUCACAGAGGACACCGUGCAGGCGCCCAUAAACCCGUACGGCAAGUCAAAGAAGAUGGCGGAGGACGUCAUCCUCGACUACGCGCGCACCAACCCCCGCCUCGCCGCCACCAUCCUCAGGUACUUCAACGUGAUAGGGUCGGACCCCAGUGGGCGGCUGGGGGAGGCGCCUCGCCCGGAGCUGAGGCACCACGGGCGCAUCACAGGGGCGUGCUUCGAUGCCGCCAUGGGCAAGAUCGAUGGGCUUAAGGUCAUGGGCACGGACUACCCCACGGCGGACGGCACGUGCAUCCGCGACUACAUCCACGUCACGGACCUCGUCAACGCACACGUUGUGGCCAUGCACCACCUCAAGCCCGGCACCGUCUCCAUCUACAACGUCGGCACCGGCAAAGGGUACUCGGUGCGGGAGUUUGUGAAUGCGUGUCUGAACGUGACAGGAGCGCCCAUAAAGGUGAUGGAGCAGAAGGCGCGGUGCCCGGGGGACUACGCGGAGGUCUGUUUAGCUGCACGUGAUCAGCGAUCAAUCGCACCGCCCUCGCAUCUCCUGUCCCUUGAACGCUUCUCGGCUCGCGUUUUCCGUCUGACUGUCGCCGGCCUCCAGGCGACUCUCAUGGCGACGCCUGUAGCUGUCGCGGAGCGGGAGCUGCGCGAGUAUCUGGACGUCGCUGUCACGGCCGCUCGCAUGGCGGGCGAGGUGAUUCGCCGCAGCUUCAAUGCACCAAAGGAUGUGCAGCACAAGGGCAAGGUCGACCUGGUCACAGAAACGGACAAGCAAUGCGAGGCGCUCAUCAUGCAGCACAUAACAGCCGCCUAUCCCUCCCACAAGUUUAUAGGCGAGGAGGAGUCAUCAGUGCACGGCACUGCGGGGCUGUCAGACGACCCCACGUGGAUGGUGGACCCCCUCGAUGGCACCACCAACUUCGUACACCGGUACCCAUUCGUCUGUGUGUCCAUUGGGCUGGCCAUCAACAAGGCGGUGGUGGUGGGGGUGGUCUUCAACCCCAUCCUCAACGAGAUGUUCACAGCGAUGAGGGGUCAUGGUGCCAUGCUCAAUGGCGAGCCCAUCCAUGCAUCCUCGCAGACACACAUGGGGUCAGCGCUGCUCGCCACUGAGAUCGGCACGAAGAGGGAUGUGGGGACGGUGGCAGGGCUCACAGGGCGCAUCGCCAACCUGCUCUUCCAGGUGCGGUCGCUGCGCCUGUCAGGGUCGUGUGCGCUGAACCUGGUGGGAGUGGCAUGCGGCCGCCUCGACCUCUUCUACGAGAUCGGCUUCGGGGGGCCCUGGGAUGUGGCAGCGGGGUCGCUGAUAGUGGAGGAGGCGGGCGGCCUUUGCUUCGACCCGAGCGGAGGCCCAUUUGAUGUGAUGGCGUGUCGAGUUGCGGCUUCAAAUGCCCAUCUGAAAGCACCAUUUGUGGAGGCAUUAGCCUGUGAUGCGGGCGCGCGCAUCACGGACCCCGAGGGGCGCGAGUACCUCGACUUCCUCUCCGCCUACUCCGCCGUCAACCAGGGCCACGGCAAUGCGCGCAUCCUGGCGGCGCUGCAGCAGCAGGCGGAGCGGUGCACGCUGUCAUCGCGCGCGUUCCACAACGACCGCUUCCCGCUGUUCGCGUGUCGCAUCACGGCGCUGAUGGGGUACGACAAGGUGCUGCCCAUGAACACGGGCGCCGAGGCCGUGGAGACCGCGCUCAAGGUCGCCAGGAAGUGGGCCUACGAGAAGAAGGGCAUACCCGCCAAUGAGGCGCUGGUGAUAUCGUGCUGCGGGUGCUUCCACGGGCGCACGAUGGCGGCCAUCAGCAUGUCGUGUGACAACGACGCCACGCGCGGCUUCGGCCCUCUGCUGCCCGGCAACCUCAAGGUGGACUUCGGGGACGUCGAUGGGCUGCAGAGGCUGCUGGAGGAGCACGGCCCGCGCGUGGCGGCGUUCAUAGUGGAGCCCAUUCAGGGCGAGGCGGGCGUGGUGGUGCCGCCUGAGGGCUACCUGCGGGCGGUGCGGCAGCUGUGCUCUCAGCACGGCGUGCUGCUGCUGGCCGAUGAGAUCCAGACGGGCCUCGCCCGCACCGGCAGGAUGCUUGCGUGCGACCAUGAGGGCGUGCGCCCUGACGUGCUCAUCCUGGGCAAGGCGUUGGGAGGGGGAGUGGUGCCGGUGAGCGCAGUGCUGGCAGAUGAUGACGUCAUGGGGUGCAUCCGCCCCGGCGAGCACGGCAGCACCUUUGGCGGCAACCCCCUGGCGUCAGCAGUGGCGCUGGCGGCUCUGGCGGAGAUUGAAGAGGGCGGGCUGGCUGACAGGGCGCAGCGGCUGGGGGAGCAGCUGCAGGCGCAGCUGAAGGCAGUGCAGGCGCGGUACCCCCAUCUCAUCCAGGAGGUGCGGGGGCGCGGGCUGCUGGUGGCGGUGCAGGUGGCGGGGGAGGGGCUGCCGGGGGGCGUGACGGCGCUGGACGUGUGUGUGGCGAUGAAGGAGCGGGGCGUGCUGGCCAAGCCCACCCACAACACCAUCAUCCGCCUCGCCCCCCCCCUCACCAUCUCCACUCUCAACUCUUUCCUCACCACACCCCGAACGUCCAAUCCCCUACACACCUUACCCACCCCACUGGGCUGCUGCUGCUGGCGCCGACAAGAAGACUCACACCAAGCAGCCCUGCGACCGCUGCGGCCGCGUGCGCUGAACAGGCGGCGUGAUGGACUCAAGUGCAACAACGGCAAUGGCAACUGGAUAACAGCGCACUCAAUAUUCCAGUCUCUGGCACCAAACCCUUAG